AUGCAUGGUAAUCUACGAAAACAUAUGAAAAAAAAUCACGAUGAUAAUAUAACGUUUGAAGACGACGAAUUGUGCACUAAUGUCGAAAAUAAUGAAACAAAUACAACGUUUCAAGACGACGAAUAUUGCGCUAAAGUGAUGGAUACGUUCGAAAAUAAUGAAACAAAUGAUAUAAUGUUUGAAGACGACGAAUUGUGCACUAAUGUCGAAAAUAAUGAAACAAAUACAACGUUUCAAGACGACGAAUAUUGCGCUAAAGUGAUGGAUAAGUUCGAAAAUAAUGAAAUAAAUGAUAUAAUGUUUGAAGACGACGAAUAUUGCACUAAAGUGUUGGAUAAUUUCGAAAAAAGUAAGCAUAAGAAUAUGAUUGAAGUAGCCCCCGAUAUUUUCGUUGAGAAUAUACCAGCUGGACCUUCUAAUCAAAGUAAACGUAUACACAUAGACACACCGCUCGGAGCAAAAAAAGCAAAACUAGCAUACAACGUUGAAACGCUCAUCUUAGAGUCUGACUUGUUGAAAAUUAACAAUAAGAAAACUAAAUUUAUAAAAAAGUAUAAUGCUUAUAUGAUUGAUUAUAAUAUCACAUUAAAACCUAUGUCGGGGGAUUUAGAUAUAGUUAGUUUAAAUACGUUAUUGGAGGAAGGAUUACAAAAUAUGAUUGAAAAUAUUAAAAAAAUUACAAAUUUCACUGAUGGUGACAUCGUUAAUAUGCACGCCAACAAUCCGAAGUUUUUUACACCAAUAUCCACUGGCAAUAUGACGUGUAAUGUGUCAGGAGAAAAAAUUUUAAAUAAAAUCAGUGAUAUAUUAACGUCGGAUCAAUCAGUGAAGAUCAACGAUACGGUGUUCGGUUUUCAAGUUAUCAUAAUGCCUAAAGGUGGAAAACCUAAACCAACCUGGGAGUACUUGGACCUAUUUAGCAAAAACAAAAGAUGUAUAGCACAAAUUAAAAAUCAGGAUGAACUAUGUUGCCCCCGUGCUAUUAUAGUGGGACUAUCUUACAAGACCUCGGUUAUAUUAGGACACAAAUUAAACAAAUACCAAAUCAAAAACCUGCGACUUGGUAAAUACGAUAUUCAAACACGUUUGACAAAAGAACUAUGCCAGCAAUUAGAAAUAAAUGACAGCAGGCCGUUUACGUAUCGUGACAUAUCAAAGGUUGAAAAACUACUCAAAAUUCAAGUUAAAGUCGUAAACGCAGAUAAUUGUUGUGAAAUCGACUACACAGGAACUGAAAAUAGAUAUAAAGUUUACCUUUUGAAAAAAAAUGAUCAUUUUCAUUGUAUUUUUUCUAUGUCAGCGUUCAGAGAACGUGUAUACUACUGCGAGUUAUGCGAUACGGGGUAUAACAAUAAAAAGAAGCACGCCUGUAAAAAUGGACCUGGGCAAAAGUGUAGGCUGUGUAACGAAAAAUAUCACAUACAAAACUUUACAUGUAAAAAAAUUUUUUGUCACGAGUGUAACCGUUAUUGUGUUAAUAAUGAGUGUUUAAGAAAACAUAAAAACGUUUGUGAUAAAGAAUAUAAAUGUAACGGUUGUAAUUUUGUCGUACAGAGGAAUGACCGCACGCACAUCAGUGUUUGCGGUUAUGGACAAUGUCAUAAUUGCAAGCAAGAAAACAUUCGAAUUAGUGACCAUAAAUGUUAUAUGCAACGGAGAACCGGUAAAGGAGGAUAUUGUGUAGAAUCAUGUAUCUGUAACGAAAAAUCAACAGAAAAACAGAAAAACUGUACGUUUUCGACAAAUUAUGUAUUUUUUGACUAUGAAGCUCAGCAAAAUACCGGUACGCACAUACCAAAUAUGGUUAUUGCUCACGAUUUUGAAGGCCGAAAAUAUGUAUUUUCUACAGACGACGCUGGUUCGGCCAAUGAUAAAUUUUGUAAAUGGGCGCUGAGCAAAGUAAUGAAAGGAACAACUUACAUAGCACAUAAUUCGAAAGCGUACGACACCUAUUUCAUUAUACAGUACAUUUUAAAAAAUAUGCCGACCGUCAAGUACGAAGUAAUUCGUAACGGGACCAAAAUUAUGAUGCUCGAAAUAAAAUAUGGGGGCUUAAACAUUAAAUUCAUAGAUAGUCAUAAUUUUAUACAGUCAAAAUUAUCUGAAUUUCCGAAAACGUUUGGACUUAAAGAAGCAAAAAAAGGGUACUUUCCACAUUUUUUUAAUACGCCGGAAAAUCAAAGAUAUGUAGGACCUUUGCCGGACAAAACGCAUUACGGUUAUAAUUCUAUGACGACAAAACACCGUGCAGCAUUUAUAAAUUGGCACGACGAAUUGAUAAAUAAGAAUUAUGUAUUCGAUUUCCAAUUGGAGUUGGAAGAAUAUUGCAAUUCGGAUGUCGACAUAUUACGAAGAGGGUGUUUGGAGCUGAGAAAACAAUUUUUGGACGUGUGUAAUAUUGAUCCUUUUAAAUAUAUAACGAUCGCUAGUGUUUGUAUGGCCAUUUAUCGACAGAGCGACUUGUCCGGUGGUACUAUAGCAGUCGUUCAAAAUGUUAAAAAAGACAAUUUUUCAGACGAUUCGAUAAAGUGGCUGAAAAGCAAAAUAUUGAACGAAAAUAAAAAUAUAAAACACGCGUUAAACGGUGGAGAAGUUACUAUAUGCGGUGCUAGAGUAGACGGUUACGACGAGACAGAGAAAAAAGUAUACCAAUAUCAUGGCUGUUUCUGGCACGGUUGUCCGGAGUGUUUUAAUCCUAACGAUAUUAACCCCGUUAAUAAUAACACUAUGACUGAUUUAUACAAUGAUACGAUAAGACGGACAAUUAAUUUGAAACAAAAAGGGUACCAAGUUGAAGAGAUGUGGAGUUGUAAAUGGAAAAAGCACAAAAAUUACAAACAAAUGUUGCAGUAUCAAAAUGAUGUAAUUGAACCACUAAACCCCAGAGACGCAUUUUUCGGAGGAAGGACCAAUGCCACAAAUUUAUACCCAACAGUAAUGUACUAUGACAAUUACCCCGUAGGUCAUCCUAAACAAUUUUUUAAUCCAUCAAUAAAAAAAUACUCGGAAUCAAAUUGGUAUGGUUUCAUCAAAUGCAAAAUACUACCGCCGACCGAUUUAUAUCAUCCCGUACUUCCGGUGAAAACUAAUAAAUUAAUAUUUACACUUUGUAAACAGUGCCAGCUAGAUAAAAUUAGACAAUGUACACACAACGAUGAGCAGAAAGCACUUAUAGGAACUUGGACAACGGACGAAGUACAAAAAGCUUUAGAAAAAGGAUAUAAAAUCAUGAAAAUUUAUGAAGUGCAACAUUUUGAAAAAAAAUCCAACACAUUAUUUAAGGAGUAUAUUAAGCGAUUUUUAAAAAUUAAGUUAGAAACAAGCUCGUGGAAAAAUGACUAUCGGACGGUUAAUGAUUAUAUUUCAGCAGUAAAAAAUGCAGUAGGAAUCGAUAUGGACAUUGAAAAUAUAAAAGAAAAUCCUGGAUUAAGAGCACUUGCUAAAAUAUGUCUAAAUUCGUUUUGGGGUAAGUUUGGACAAAGGCCUAAUCAGACGAAAACCGAAAUAAUAUCAAAACCGGACAGGUGGUACCAAGUAUUGUUGGACAGUAAAUUGGAAACUGAAAACAUAGUUUUUUUGACUGACGAUUUAGUGGAAGUGUCGUAUAAAAAAAUUAACGAAUACGUCGGGCACGAAUAUAAUACUAGUAUAUACGUAGCUGCUUUCACAACAUCGAAUGCUAGAUUAAGAUUAUAUACCAUGUUAGAUAAUCUCGGCGAGAAAGUCGUAUAUUACGAUACAGAUAGUGUGUUUUAUAUUUACGAUGAUGUCGAAGUGAAGACGGGGUGUAUGCUAGGCGAGUGGACGGAUGAAUUAGGACCAGGAAAAAAUAAAUAA